UCAACCAGUCGUCGUGGUGUCGUUCGUGUGAGUUUGAGUUGAGUAGUCAUCAGCCCCAAAUCAGCCACCGUGGUCGUCGUUUAUUGUUGCGUUAUUCUGGUUCGUCGUGCGAAAAAGGUGAAAAAUCGCAACCGAUUCCUGCUUUCAACCUGGAGAAGAUCCGGACGGAAAAUUCCUUCACCUGCGUGGGUUGCGGAACGGUGAAAAUUUCGCGUCCGCGAGUGUUGGUGGUGGUGGAAAUCCACCCGAAAAAGGAGUGAUCCGUGAUUUUUUUUUCCCAUUGAGUUUGGUGCUACCUUGCUGGAAGAUCUGAUUCGACCAUAGGCGGAGCAGCCAGCAGCACUUUAGAGCAAUCGGCGAGAGAGAGGAAGUGACUUGCUGGAAGUUUUUUUUUUAUUGCUGCAGUGUGUGCGUGUGGAUGAAGCGAAGAAUCGCGGGGAGAGAGAGAAAGGUGGAUAAGUAGUAGCAUAAAGAAAACGAAGCAGUCGCGCGACGACACGAGCGAGAGAGCUGCGGUGGAAACGUCAGAAUAUUUUGUGUGGUGAUUGUUUUUAGUUUGGUGCUGUGUUAUUUUUUGGAGAAGAUUGCUUUUUAUUCGGAUUCCAGGGCAGAGUGGUAGCCUGAAACAGCACAUUAAAAAUGGAUAAAUUCAUCAGUAUGUGGAAAGUGCGAGAACUCGCCGAUAAAGUGACCAACGUCGUGAUGAACUACACAGAAAUCGAAGGCAAAGUACGCGAAGCAACCAACGAUGAACCGUGGGGUCCAACGGGGCCGCUCAUGCAGGAGCUGGCCCAUGCGACCUUCACCUACGAACACUUCCCGGAGGUGAUGUCGAUGCUGUGGAAGAGGAUGCUACAGGACAAUAAAACCAACUGGAGGCGAACCUACAAGAGUUUACUCCUGCUAAACUACCUGGUACGGAACGGGUCGGAACGAGUGGUGACCUCCUCGCGGGAACACAUCUACGACCUGCGGUCGUUGGAGAAUUACACCUUCAUGGACGAAAACGGCAAGGACCAGGGCAUUAACGUGCGGCACAAGGUUCGUGAGUUGAUCGACUUCAUCCAGGACGAUGACAAACUACGGGAUGAGCGGAAAAAGGCAAAGAAGAAUAAGGACAAGUACAUCGGCAUGAGCUCGGAUGCGAUGGGUGGUAUGCGCUACGGCGGUAGUGGUGCCGGCGGAGGCGGUGGCAGUGAGUACGGUGGCUAUCGGGAUAGCUGGGACCGAAGGACGGACGAGCGGGGGUAUAACGAAGGCAAGGAUCGCUACGAGUAUGACUAUCAGUACGAUGGAGAACGGGAGGAUUCCGAUACGGAAUCGAAUGGAACCCACGCCAACAGAUAUUACGACAAGGAACGCUCAAAGAGUCCUGCCACGAGACAACCAUCCUCCUCCCUUUCGACACAUUCCGCCAGCGGCGCUGGAUCGUCAUCAUCAGCGGCGGUGGCCGAGAAGAAGAUCAAUCUGAACAUCAAAUCUCCGGCGGCGGCAGCCGCUGCGGUGAAAGCAGCCGCCGCCGCAGCGGCCAAGCCCGCCAAGAAGAUCGAUAUGGGAGCGGCGAAGAAUUUCGGCAAAUCCGCCGAUCUAGGCAUCAACUCGCCGACCCACAGAAACACCCACGCCGAAGAGAUCAUCAGCACGUCAGACGCCACCACCAGCGGGAAACAGCAGCAGCAGAGCAAUGAAAUUCUGGACGACCUGUUCAGAACCUGUCCGCCGGCGCCGCCCUCGGAGGGAAGUCCCGCCAAGGACGAUUUCGACGACUUUAAUCCACGGGCCGAUGAUUCCGGCCCUUCUGGCGGCGUUACGGGCGGUCCAGAGUUUGGAGAUUUCGAGUCUGCUUUUGGAAAACCGACACCGAAGCCUGUUAGCAAUGAAUUUGCCGAUUUUGCGGCAUUCAGCUCGGCACCGGUGCCUGCUCCAGUCGCUGCCGCUUCCAGCGACAUAUUCUUUGGACUGAAUCCAAGUGCCACAUCAGCCGCACCAGCGACUGCCGGUAUGAAUCUGUUUGGAAUGGCACAUCAGCAGCAGCAGCAACCGGCAGCGGCGGCAAAUGAUUUGCUAUCCGAUAUGAGUGGAUUGAGCUUGGGAGGAAGCACCAAUGUGUCGCACCAUGGCGAGGGAUUGAAGCUGCAGGAAUCCAUCCGGGAUCUGUUGGAACUGCUGCAGAGUGUUGAAAAAAUUCGUUCCGAAGAGCAGCUGAAUGCGAUUCGAAGCAAGUUGGAUGUGUUGCUGGAAUGCCUGCCGGGACCGAGAACUCCGGAGCAGCUGCUGAGGCUCGACGACGAUCAACGAUCGAUUGAUUGGGCAACAUUUGCCUCGGAUGAGUUUCCGGAUUUGCUGGAACAGUUGGUCGAGCGGUUUGAUGGACAAUUUCCGGGAAAAGUUCCCCAAGUGGAUAACCGAAUUUGGAGGAUUUUCGGGCUCGAUUAUAAUCACGUUUUCAUCGCCGAGAGCCUGGCCAUGCUAACCGCAGCGGAUAAGCUCGGUCGGAACAGAGAAGUAUUCCCUUUUCUAUUGACUAGAUUAGUACAGGAUUGUGACUACCUGACCGGGUGCUUCGUUGAAUUGAGUCUGAAGGCGGAAGACGACGGCUUAACGAAGUACACUCGAUGGACGAAAUCCGAGCAACUGAUUCAAACUUUAACCAGCAUCCCGAAUAAGGUCGCCAAUGUACUCCAACGGGAAACCCCUGACAUCUUUCUACCGGAACGAUUGUCCCAGAUUCUACUCCAACAGAUGCUGAGAGCUAUCAAUUCAGUGGCUCAGAUUACCCACCUACAUAAUACGUAUCUCACCUACGAAACGACAUUCCUGUCUAAACUCUUCAGCAAGCUUAUCGUCGAUUACUUCAACAACGAUAAGCGGUCGCAUCAUUUACAGCUCUCGUUGCGUAUCCUCGCCGCUUGGGCGCAGUCCAACGGUUAUCAACAAAAGACUCUUAUCGCAGCGAUUUGUGCCGACCUAUCACGUCCCGCUGUGGAAACACUGGCCCGAAUCGCUCUUCGCGAGGGAAUUGAUUUAUUCAAUUUACUGAGAGCGCAUGAUUUCAACGGCGAUUGGAAGUACGUCCUAACGAAGAAGAUUCCCCUAUUCAGUAGCUUCCCGCAGGAUUCGAUGGUGGAGAAUCUGAUGUACCUGUUGGCGAGGGUUUCCGCUAGUGAACUGAAAGCGCUGACCCUGGAGCUGGUAACGGUCUGGUCCAGCCGAACCGGUAUCCAGAAGACAUCCUUCGAACAGCACCUGUACCUAUCCAAGCAGUUGCUCUUGGCUAUGACCUAUCUGAAUCUCUCAAAGCAUGGGAAACUGAACACGGUGGAGAUUCGUGAAUUUCGGAGAUUGCUUUUCGGUGGCUUGAAAUGUCAUCUGGAAUCACCCGUUAAGGAGUUGAGAUGCGUUGGAAUGAUUGUAUCCGAGGUGAUCCUUGGCUAUUUCGAUGCACAGGAUGUCGAUGAAGAAAACAAGCUCAAAUUUGACUACGAAGGAUUCGAUUCGGCCACACUGCAGUUGGUUGCAAGUUUGAGGAAUUUCAAGAACCGUUGUAGAUUUACCGAAGAUGAAUUGUCUCAAAGUGUCAUCAGCUCCGAGGACGAACCGCUUGAUCAACUCGUUGAAAAAUUGUUUGCAACUGAAACCCCCGAAAUAUCCAUCUACAGCAGUUCCCUUUCAAAGCCAUCGGAACCUCCGCUUACCGAAGUUGAACUUCUAUCGCUGAAAUCCUCGGAUAUCAAACCUCCCCUCAGAGAGCGUAAACUAUCGGACAGCGACGAUUCGGCGCUGGAUUCCGACGACGACCUGGAACCGUAUGACAUGUCCCACGACACCAACAUUGACGAGGAGCAACUGCGGCCAAAGUACCUUCUCGAUCUUCGCGAGAUACUCCUGGACAACUCGGACCAGCAAGCUCCGGUCCGAUUCGAACUGGCCAUGGCAGCUGCACCGGAUUUAAUCGCGCAGCAAUUGUCCAACAAUGACAUCAAGCUGGCCCUCGACCUGCUGCAAAUCCUACUCCCCUUGGAAGCCCGCGUAUACAUGGAAAAUUACCAGGAACUUAAAUUCUCAUCUCUGAUUGCCAUUUGCACCACUUACCCCAAGGAGUGCGCCGAAUAUAUCUGCCGAGAGUUCCACUCCGAUCUCAGCAAGUACUCCCUAAACCGUCGCAUUCUCAUGCUGGACAUCCUGGCUCAAACUGCAAAGGUCCUUUCGAAUCUAGCCUCCGCCGAACCCCAAUCCCAACAGAGCCAAGUUAACCCACCCAACCCGAGUGCGUCACCCCCGCCGAAGAACGCUCUGGACCUAAAAUUCCACGAGGAAAACGAACUCCUUCGCAAGCGUCAGCUUGCGGAACGGAUCGUUCGCGAACGCAUCGCCGGUAAAACACGUAGAUUCAGCUCCCGCCCUAUCCAGUCUGCGAGCAGCAAACCGCCAACGAUGAAUCGCUUCUCCGAAGUAGCCGGGUGGUUCUUCUUUCCCCUGCUGCGGGGAUUCGGAUCGAAGCAGUUUCUAUUCACAGCCAAUCUCAAAUUUCAAUACGAUGCUGACAAUCUACUGCUGACGACGUUCCUACAAACUCUAUCGAUACUGAUGAUAUGUGCCGAGAAUUGUCCGAUAGCGAGGAAGUUCGGCCGAGAGUUGAUGAAUUUGAGCGUGAUGUUGCGGUUCAGCGAGGAACCGAAGGUGCGACUGUCGGUGUUGCAGGUGCUAUCGUCGAUUUUCCUGGCGCUUCCGAAGGCGAUUCUCCGGCAGGAUUUCUACGUGGAUUUGGUGGACCUGAAGCAGUGGCUGGAGGAGUGCGUGCAGGGAAGUGUGGUGAGGGGAGAGUCGAAUGAGGAGUGUCGGGAAUUUGCCCGCAACGUGCUGGUGAUGUGCUACGGUGCGCUGGCGGAAGAUUGAUGGGAAAUGGUAGAUUUAAGGAGAGUGUCAUA